AUGCAGCAUCGCCCACCGUUUCCAGCUUGGAAAUGGCUGUUCAUGAUUGAGGGUCUGAUGACAGUCGGGUUCGCCAUAAUUUCCAUACCCGUGUUGCCUAACUUCCCAGCUACAACUAAGUGGCUCACUCCAGAAGAGCGAGAGUAUGCCGUCAGGCGACUGGAGGAGGAAAGCAUCUCAAGCCGCGCUGGCGAUAUCUCUCACUGGCAGAGUUUCCUCUCUGCUAUUCGUGACUGGAGGACCUGGCUUUUUCUUGCCGCACAGACCUUUUGUACUUGCGCUGGUACCAUCACAUAUUUUGUGCCGACAUUGAUGUCUUCCUUGAAUUACACGGGCGAAAAUGUCCAAUAUAUGACGAUCCCAAUCUAUAUGGUUGCCUUUGUGAUCGUCCUCAUUUGUGGCUUCUCCUCAGAUUACUUCAAUGACCGGCCGAAACACAUCAUGGCCAUGGGUACUAUGUCCACUAUAUCGUUAAUCAUCGUGGCCACUGUCAGCAACCCCAAAGCGCGUUACACUUUCCUGGCAUUCGGCGCUUCUGGCAUAUGGUGUUGCAGCCCGCUGGUCCUCAGCUACCUCUCGAAUACUAUCUCCCGGCCCGCUGAGAAGCGAGCUGUGGCCAUUGGUUUUGUGAAUGCUUUUGCCAAUCUCUCAUCCGUGUACGGGUCUUACAUCUGGCCUUCAAGCACGGCACCGGAGUACGUGCCUGGAUUUACGGUAACUAUUGUGCUGAUGUUUGCUACCGCUGUGGCGGCGUUCUUCCUCAUGGUUCUUACGAAGAAGUAUCCGUAUGAGAACGCCGAAGAAGGGGAAACGGGGGCAAGCAGCGAGGCUACGAACUAG